AUGAAUCAUAUGAAUGUAUAAUCGAAAAUCAUAAACAAUCUCUGCUUGUAAACAAAUAACUAACAAUACAACCGCACCCUUGUACUUUUUUUUUUUUUCAUUUUCUUUACAUUCUAAUAGUUGUAUAAAUGUUGUGCAACAAAUAAAUUGCAAUGUUUGAUAAUUUUUUAUUAACAGUUUAAUGCCAAGCUAAAAAUGUUAAAAAUUAACAUAAUUAUUUUGUUAUUAUUCUCAAGUUUGGCUUUAGCUCAACAACAAGAUGAAGAUUAUCUUGGAUGUUUUAAAGUUUUACCAGAAGAUAUUGAAUCAGCAACAAUGGGAUAUCAUACUGCCAGUGCACCACCUGAUUGUAAAACAGAGUGUCGAAAACGUUACUUUAUGUACUCUGGUUUAAUGGGAGGACAACAAUGUUAUUGCAUAAAUAAAUACAGACAACAUGAGCCUUCAAAUAAUUGUACAAUGCCUUGUAUAAUUGAUGCCUUAGAAUUAUGUGGUUCACAAGAUUCAAUGAGUGUUUAUAAAACUGGACAAUUAGGUCCAAGUCCACCAAGACAAUUAAAAGUAACUAAAAGCCAACAAAAAUCAUUAAAUGUAAGCUGGCAACCACCAGAUAUGCUAAAUGGAAAUGUAACAUCAUAUACACUACAUGUUGUUGCAGUUAAAACAUAUGCAUCAUAUCCAUUAUUUCCAACAGUAAGUCAAGUACAAGGUGGUUCAUCUGAAAAUACUGUAUUAACAAAUUUACAACCAGGAACAAAAUAUAACAUUUCAAUAACAGCAACAAAUGAAAAAGGUGAAAGUGAUCCAGCUAAUAUAACAGCAUGGACAUUAAUUGGACCACCAGAUAUACCACAAACACCAAAAAUCAUUGAUAGAACUGAUACAACAAUAACUGUUGAAUUACAAAAAGGUAUCAAUCAAAAUGGACCACUUACAUCAUAUCAAAUUGUUGUUGUUUAUCCUGGUACAAUACCACCAAUAAAUCAUUCAUUUUCAUAUGUUAAUUAUAAUAUUGCUAAAAGAGAUUAUUUACCAUAUUAUAUUACUGCUGAAAUACCAGCUGAAGAUUUUGAUAAAUAUAAUAAAAAAUUUAUCGUUGGUGAUGGUGAAAAAAUUGGUAAUUAUUAUAAUGCACCAUUAAAAAAACCAUUUGAUAAUCCACAAAUUGGUAUGGUACUUGUAUCAAAAAAUCAUGAUGAAAUACAAUAUUCAUAUUCAAAUAAUAAUGGUAAUGCUUAUAUUAAUAAAAAUUUUCAUAAUACAAAUAAACAAUCAACAAAAAUAAUAUUAACAAUUGCAAUUGUAAUAUUAGGUGGUUUAUUAUUGGUAUCAGUUGUUGUUUAUUUUUUUAUGCGUUAUCGUCAUGAACAAAAACGUAUAACAAAGUUACCAGAACAUCAAGAAUUAACAUUACAAGGACCAAUUUAUGAAGUUGAUAAUGUUGCAUAUAUACCAGAAGACAUACCAGAAAGACCAAAUCAUUAUCAAGAUUUAAAAACAAAAGUAUGGAGUAUACCUAAAAAUUUUUUAAAUGUUGAACAAAUGGCUAUUAAACGUGGACGUUUUGGAAGUAUACAUAUGGGUACUGUACAAGAUAAAAAUGGUAAAUUAUCACAAUCAAUAAUACAUUGUAUAUCUGAUCAAUCAAUGAGAGCAUCAGAAAAAAAAAAUAUGUUAAGAGAAUUAGAUAUUUGUAUAAAAGCUGGAACAAUGAAAUUUAUAUCAAGUUUUAUUGGUAAUUGUGAAACACCAAAUACACUUUAUAUUGUAUUUGAAUCACCACCAUAUACAUUAAAAAAUAAAUUAUUAGGAGCAAGAUCUGGUGAAAAUUUUCCAACUGAAAAAAUAUUACCAAUUGGUUCAUCAAUUGCAAUGGGUUUAUCUUAUCUUGAAUCACAUAAAAUUAUUCAUUCACAUUUAUGUGCAAGAAGUAUUGGUUUAACUGAUGAUUUUAUACCAAAAAUAAUGGGUUAUGGUAUUGGUAAAUAUGCAAUUGAAGAUGUUAAAUUAGCAAGAUGGACAGCACCAGAACGUUUUGGACAUAAAAAACAUAUACCAGGUGUUGUUUGGUCAUUUGGUGUUGUUAUUUGGGAAAUGAUGAGUAUGGGAGGUACACCAUAUGCUGAUUUAAAUGAUGAAACUGAUGUUGAAGAAGCUGUUGUUGAAAAACAUAUCAGAUUACCACAAUUGAGGGAUAUGACUGAUCCUUUAUAUGAAGUAUUGUUAUCUUGUUGGCAAGAUAAUUACGAUGAACGUCCUGGUUUUGAUGAAUUAUCUAGAUUGGAUACACUGAGUCUGGUACCCAUCACUGCCAUUACCGAGCCAUACUUGGCUGAACUGGAAUUAAACUAAAACUCGUUUGACAUUUGAAACUUAAGUUGUAAGCUUUCUUCACUAUAU